AUGGCGAAAAUCUACAAAGAUACCAGGGUUGACCUGCGACCAUUUUCGCCAACCACUGUUGCCAAUAUCCAAAUUUCUCCAGAGAGCGCGCUACGCCGGACACGCUUUUCGAUCUCAUCAUCGGCCGACCACGAACCCCCCGUCGCGAAGGACGAAGACGAAUUUGCCAAACGAUAUCUUGCCACGCAAGGGACGGUCUAUUUUCGCAAGCGCAAGACCUACCCCCGAACCUUCUUAUGGAGGGUGAUCAAUGACAACAAGGUGUUGGAACUUCAAUGCGCGGACCUCACCAAGGCCGGGUUAGAGCAGUUUGAGUACAACGUAACACUACGAUUGAACUUCUCCGAGCAGAUUAUUCCCUCUGGCGUCGCACUAGCAGAUCAUGAAGAUCAUGAGGUGCUCAGUGUGUUCGUGAUCACGACCUCGAAACAACUACAUACAUUGUCCCUCCGACCUGAGUUCUUCCGAAGAAUCGAAUCAAUUGACGAAAACGUUACAGACUGGUGCAAGACAUGUGUUCCUGCGCCACUCUCAUUCUCUCACCCUCACCGAUUACACGCCAGCAGUCCACUUGAGCUGUUUGUUUCUCUUGAUAACGGCGCACUCUUACGCCUGACUCGCAGAGCCGGGGACGAUGGUUCUCAUUGGACCCCUCUUACCUUUGACGAACGAACAUGGGGUGCUUCGAUCCGGGGCCUUGUGAAAUGGAAUGCAGCCUCCUCGCUUCGCCAUAAUGGACGAAGCCUCGACCUGAAUGUUGCCAAUACCAUUGCCACGACUUCCGACGAGACAUAUGUAUUCGCUGUUACCUUGAAUCACACGUUGAAGAUCUGGAAUCUGGCGACGAACAAGUUGGCAGCGACAAAGGAUCUACUCGGACGUACAAUCGAUCCUGACACCGUACCAUACACUUUGAACCCUGCCGAGACAUCUUUCAUUCGAGUUUUCAAAGCAGAAAGGGCCUUGGAUGGAAGCCAUCGCUUCUUUGUGGUGACAUACUCUCCAUUUGAAGACGGCCGAUUUAAAUUCUGGGCUGUGAAGGGCGGCCUCACGUCUGAUCUAGUCAUUGAGGAUCUUUUCGCUGAUGCGAUUUUCCGACCUGUUGAUCCAGAUGUCACAGGCAACAUGUUCUGGAAUAUUGCGGACUUCCAACUCAAGUCUAUGGAUGAAGGCAAAGGAAUGGAGCUGUGGGUGCUUUGGAGGAAUCAUGGCCUUUAUCAGCUAUAUACCCUUCAUUUCGACCUUCAAACCUUGGUCAAAGAUUGGGAGAAUAAUUGGGUCUCCACGACAUUUGAAGCGCAUCGACAGGAAACGUUACCUGCUCCGGUUCUGGAUGAUGUGGUUGAUCCAACCGAGAAAUGGCUCGAAUACCUUUUGCAUCCCAAUCGAUACCUGCCAGAAGUUCUAGAGACUGCUCUAGCCAUCUAUCAAGAAGCACUGAAGCCUUUGUCGAAUUCAUCCUCUGGAAUCCUAAAGAAAGAUAUCCCCUUGGCGGAGAGAUUGUGCUCUACCGUCGCAGCAACAGUCUCUCUGCGCAAGUAUGCUGAAGAUGAGAUGGGCUAUAGCCGUUACCGAACAGACACAGAUGCGAAAUGGCGCCAGUUCUGGCAAGUUGCAGAUGAUCUUAACAAACGGCGAUUUGAACCGGUAUCAUUGACUUACGAUUCGUAUUUUGAAAUGCCUUGGCUUCUUCUCUCUGAUGCUUGCGCGGUUGUCCGCGAGUGCAAUACUACCGAAUUAUUUGUGCAUAACACUGGCUCCGAUCUUAGUGAUGAAAAGCCGAAGAUUGCAGAUCGCUGGAAGCACCGCAAUUUGAGCGCUGAACUAGGGGGCUUAUAUGAACAAGCCUCUUCAUUGAUGAAGGUUGCGUCGGAAUUCAGGAAACGAUUUUCCGCCGAGCUUGAUGCAGCAUGUCGGGCUGCUCUUGAUACUGAGAUCUACAGUGAACCCGCGUCAUCCAUUACUGACCGGAUGGACAAUUUCCGUGAGCGCUGUGAAUUCGCAGAUCAAAUUUCCAAUAAGACAUUCGAUAGCCUGGUUUCAGCUUUGAAUGAGAACUUGGAUGCCGAGAACUUGCCAGGGGAAGCCUUCGACGCCAUUAUCGACACAAUCCCGCUUGGUUUCAAUGGAAAGGAUUCAGAACUCCAAUCAACUUUUUUGGGGCUCGAGUUCUCCGAAAUUGAACAAGGAGGGCGUUCUAGCUUUGAUGCCGCAGGUCUAUUCUCUAACAUCAUUGAGCUAAUCAAAGAAUACGAAAUGAUGCAUUGGCUCAGCUCCAACGUUCGGAAAUGCGCCGACAAGCCUGCAAAUAACCGGUCUGAUAUUUCGACUCCGACAUUUUCCUUGAAAGACGCCAAAUCUAAGACAAAGAACCAGAGGACAGCGACAAUCCUUGAAGAUCUGUUUGUUACCGAUAUCAAGCCGCGUCAAACGAUUGGAAUGCCCCAGAGCUAUGCACUGAGUCUGGGCAUCCGAGAUGUUUUGGCUUGGGUCACACGCCCGGGGGAGGUGGCGUACCCCAAUGCUUUGGCAUAUAUCCAAUGCGAUCUCAUUGCCAAGAACAAUAUCGACCUUGCAUGGGAUUUCCUUCGAUUUCAAGCAAGUACUUCAUGGGCGACUUAUGUUAAAGGGCGCUUGUAUGUUGCUAUGUCAGAAUUUGAUGUUGCCGCAAUCUACUUCCGGAAAGCGGCAUACUUGCUUUCCUGCGGCAAACCCUUGGGCAACCUGCAUGAGAUGUCUUCCACACUCCUGGAUCUUGUCUCGGUGAACUGCUUCCAUAAUGGUGUCCCGAAGUAUUAUCAGCACAUUCUUUCAGUAUUCGAGCAAGUGCGAUCGUUCUCACAUGUAGCGGAUUUCGCUAGUCUAGCGCUGCAGGCCCUUGAUUCGGAAGCAUGGGCGGAGCAAGACCCCGAUUACACGAGUAUGCGAACUGACCUGCUCUCACGCCUUUUCCAUGCAUCACUCAAGACCUGCCAAUUUGACCAGGCAUAUUCUGCCUUGGCUCGAUACCAUGAUCUUGCUCUACAGCGUUCUGCUCUCAGUUCACUCAUAUCUCACAUCCUCACUGUCUGCGGGCCUGGAGUCGCAGGCCUUGAGCAAAUUCUCCGUUUCCCCACGUCUAUCGUGCCUAAUAUUGCAUCCCACAUUGACGAAAUUCUUGUUAAUCUCGCCCGCAAACAAACUUCUUUCAAUUCAUGGCUGGAUAUAGAUACCAAUGAGACCGACAGUGCACCCGAUUACCACCGUAUCUUACAAGCCUACCGGAUCGCUCGCAGGGACUACCGCGGCGCUGCUGAGAUUGCUUACCGCAAUGUUCAGCGUCUCCGCCAGGCAAGAGACACUCCGUCCUCUGCGAUUGUCCGCAAGGGUAAGAAAGAAGUUGAAGAAGCUGUUGUUCCUGAAGAUGACCCCGAGAGCAAAGAGAUUCGGCACGAGCUCUUGUCAUUGAUAAAUCUCUUGGCAUCAGUCGAUAAGAGCGAAGCAUACAUCCUUGUCGAGACUGGUCCGCUGUCAUUCUCCAGCGCAUUUGCCGACCCAUCACAUACUCGCCCCCGUAGUUCUCAUGCCGAUGAAGACGGCAAUGUUUUCAUGGAUGAUGCGGACGUAGGGUCGCCUGUCUCAUUCAAUGCCGGACGUCGCUCUUCCAGCGCUUCCUUUGGGUCUACAGGGCGCCGAGGAAGCCGUUCAUCUAUUAGCGGCGGACGCAGUGGCGUGUCGUUCAAACCCGUCAUCGAACAACCCCAAGAGCGUGUCAUUGUUACCCUCGAACAUCUGCGCCACGAAUUCCAAUCUGAAUUGGACCGUGUUAGUCGCAUUGAGCGCGGUGAUUGGGAAUUUGGUCUUCUGGACGAUGACGAGGAGGAUAUCGAUAACGAUGAAACGAUGGUACUUUCUUAG